AUGCCUACUCCCUCCGAACAAGCCCAAGACCUAACCCCAGCAGCUAUCCACGCAGCCUACGACCUCAUAAAAACAUACGUCCACCUCACCCCGCUCCUCACCUGCAAGACCCUCGACAAGAUCGCCUCCACCCCACAAACCCCAGAAGCCCUCGUCGGGACCCCAUUCGAAGGUCAAACCCCCGCAAAACCACAGAUACGCUUCCACUUCAAAUGCGAGAACCUGCAGCGCAUUGGCGCGUUCAAGGCGCGGGGUGCGCACCACGCACUUCUGCGAUUGAUCCAGAAGCAGGGUGAGGAGGAGGUAAAGCGGCGGGGAGUCAUAACGCACAGUUCUGGUAACCAUGCGCAAGCCCUCGCCCUCGCUGCCUCAACACUAAACGUCCCCGCCUACAUCGUCAUGCCGGAGAUAAGCACACCAUCCAAAAUCGCCGGUACACGCUCGCACGGCGCAGAGGUAACAUUCAGUGGUUCAACAAGUGUAGAGCGCGAAGCUGUCGUCGCGGAGAUUCAAGCCAAAACAAACGCAUUCCUUAUCCCACCCUACGACGACUUCAAUAUUAUCUGCGGCCAGGGAACUACAGCUCUAGAAAUGGAGAGACAGUUCGCUGAGAAGGGCAAGAGUAAGGAACUUGAUGCUGUGAUCACGCCUGUAGGUGGAGGUGGCUUGAACGCUGGUGUCGCGACAUACUUCUCCGAUAAAUCUACACGAGUCUUUGGCGCCGAGCCUAGUUUCCAAGGCGCUGAUGACUGUCGGCGUGGACUUGGUGCUGGGGCUCGGGUGGAGAAGGUAUCGACGCUUACUAUUGCCGAUGGAUUGCGGACGCCGGUUGGUUUGUUGAAUUGGGAGGUUAUAUCUGAUAAGCGGAAGAUUGAAGGUGUGUUUUCUGUUACAGAGGAACAGAUUAAGGCCGCCUUGAGGUUGGUACUUGAGCGGAUGAAGGUUGUUGUUGAGCCUAGUGCUGUGGUUGGGUUGGCUGUCUGUCUUUUUGAUGAAGAAUUUCGGAAGCGUGUGGAGGUUGAAGGUGGGGAGAAGGGUUGGGAUAUUGGAAUCGUGUUUAGUGGAGGUAACACGACUGUAGAGGCGAUUGCGAAGUUGUAUAGUUGA